UUCAUAAAUGCCCAUCGCCGUGAUUCGUGAAAACCUCCAUUCCUCACGCCUCGCAGUUCCCAGAUCUCUCUCUCCCUCUCUCUCUCUCUCUAAAUAUAUUUGGCUCUCUCAGUGUUCUUCUUGUCCUCUGGAUUGAUCCAAAGAAAAUAGGGAAAACCAAUUUGCACAAUUUUCUCUUGGAUCUGUUUUGAUCCGAUACGAAACCGACACCACCUAAGCUAUUUUGGUUAUGGCUGCGACAUACGAGCCAAAGAACAUCCUCAUCACUGGAGCCGCUGGCUUCAUAGCAUCCCAUGUUUGUAAUCGACUGAUCAGGAACUACCCUCAUUACAAAAUUGUUGUCCUCGACAAGCUUGAUUACUGUUCAAAUCUGAAGAACUUGCUACCCUCAAAAUCAUCCCCUAACUUUAAAUUCAUCAAGGGAGACAUUGAGAGUGCUGACCUUGUGAACUUCAUUCUUCUUUCUGAGUCCAUUGAUACCAUAAUGCACUUUGCAGCCCAGACCCAUGUUGACAACUCCUUUGGUAACAGCUUGGAGUUCACUAAGAACAAUAUAUAUGGCACCCAUGUUCUUCUAGAAGCCUGCAAAGUCACUGGCGGCCAGAUCAGGAGGUUUAUCCAUGUGAGCACAGAUGAGGUAUAUGGGGAGACAGAUGAGGAUGCUGUUGUGGGGAACCAUGAGGCUUCUCAGCUGCUCCCAACAAAUCCAUAUUCUGCUACUAAAGCUGGGGCGGAGAUGCUUGUUAUGGCAUAUGGAUGUUCGUAUGGAUUACCUGUGAUAACCACCAGAGGCAACAAUGUCUAUGGGCCAAACCAGUUCCCGGAAAAAAUGAUUCCAAAGUUCAUCCUCUUGGCGAUGAAGGGAAAGCCUCUACCAAUCCACGGGGAUGGAUCCAAUGUUAGGAGUUAUCUCUAUUGUGAAGAUGUCGCAGAGGCAUUCGAAGUCAUUCUCCAUAGGGGUGAAGUGGGCCAUGUUUACAACGUUGGGACAAAGAAAGAAAGGAGGGUGAUUGAUGUGGCCAGGGAAAUUUGCCAACUUUUCUCUCUGAGCCCUGAUAUCCAUAUUAAGUUUGUUGAGAAUAGGCCUUUUAAUGACCAAAGAUACUUUUUGGAUGACCAGAAGUUGAAGAACUUGGGAUGGUUCGAAAGUACUUCAUGGGAAGAGGGCUUAAAGAAGACUAUGGAAUGGUAUGUCAACAAUCCUGAUUGGUGGGGUGAUGUUUCUGGGGCAUUGGUCCCUCAUCCAAGAAUGCUAAUGGUGCCUGGAAUUGAAAGGAAGUUUGACGGGCCUUAUACUAGCAACUCUGCUUCAUCUUUUGCAGUAAAUGAAUCUAAUCAGGACGGAAUGGUAGUUCCAGGUACCAUGGACAACCCCUUUACUCAGAAGCCAGCUCUGAAGUUCUUGAUUUAUGGUAGAACAGGGUGGAUCGGCGGGCUUCUUGGGAAAAUUUGUGACAAACAAGGGAUACCCUUUCAGUAUGGAAGGGGCCGCUUGGAGGAAAGGUCACAGCUCUUGGCAGAUAUUCAGACUGUUAAGCCGACUCAUGUUUUUAAUGCUGCUGGAGUGACUGGCAGACCCAAUGUGGAUUGGUGUGAAACUCAUAAACCAGAGACUAUCCGGACAAAUGUUGCUGGUACUUUAACCUUGGCAGAUGUCUGCAGAGAGCAUGGCCUCCUAAUGAUGAAUUAUGCUACUGGCUGCAUUUUUGAAUACGAUGCUGCACAUCCAUUAGGAUCUGGAAUUGGGUUCAAGGAGGAGGACAAACCUAAUUUCACUGGUUCUUUCUAUUCUAAAACCAAAGCCAUGGUUGAAGAACUCAUACAAGAAUAUGACAAUGUUUGCACCCUCAGAGUCCGAAUGCCAAUAUCAUCUGAUCUCAGCAACCCACGUAACUUUAUCACAAAGAUUUCGCGAUAUAACAAAGUGGUUGACAUUCCCAACAGCAUGACUAUCUUGGAUGAGCUACUACCCAUUUCGAUUGAGAUGGCCAAAAGGAACUGCAGGGGCAUCUGGAACUUCACAAAUCCAGGCGUUGUAAGUCACAAUGAGAUUCUGGAAAUGUACAAGAACUACGUUGACCCCAACUUCAACUGGGUUAAUUUCACACUGGAAGAACAGGCCAAGGUCAUUGUUGCCCCUCGCAGCAACAAUGAGAUGGAUGCUUCCAAGUUAAAGAAUGAAUUUCCGGAGUUGCUGCACAUCAAGGAAUCGCUGAUCAAAUACGUCUUUGAACCCAAUAAGAAAUUAAUUGCUGGCGAAGUCGGAAAAUAAGCACAUCAUAAACUACGUUUAAGGACCAAUUUAUACGCUUUUUUUCCCCCUCCGCGUAGUGAAUUUGGUUUCCUGUUAGAUUUGUUACCAUUUUUUUAUUCAUCAUUCAUAUGAAUUCAUCAUUCAUAUGCUUCAAUUCCACGAGGUAAUGUCGUUAUUUAAUUCAGUUUGGCCAUUGUUAAAAGGAGCUAAGAAUGGCUUCCACAUGUAUAAAUUUCAAAGUCCUUGAUAUAUUAAGCUGUUUAUUGAUCAA